AAAAAAAUUAAAAAAGUAACCGUUUCUUUCAAUUUUAAGAACAAACACAUAUAGAAACAAUGGUAAUGAACUUCUUAAAAAGAAGAGAAACUGAAGAGCUGAGUGACAGUAGCCAAUGUUUCACUGACUCGGUGUCCAUAGCUUCAAAUGCCACUUCUGUUACUACACAAACUACCAGUAGUACCACUACUAAAAAAGGUUACAUUAAAUGUCACACCCCAUUUGAAAAACCAGUCAACCCAGUAAAACCUCCCGUUUUCGAUCUCACUGAUGAGCAAUGGGAUAAAUACAAUCAGGUAUUGUCACACUUUGAAGAAUAUAUAACCAAGGAGAUCCCAGUUGACGACCUGCACGACGCAAAAACCCACCCUAUUUUAGACGAAGAAUUAGCCUGGUUGACCAAAGAAUGUUUCCUUCGGUACUUGAGAGCCACCAAGUGGAAAGUGGAUGCCGCUAUAAAGAGAAUAGAAGAAACCAUGGUAUGGAGAAGAACCUUUGGUGUCGUGAAUAUACCAGACCACACCGAUCCCGCUAAACUCAUUACCGCUGACAAAGUAGCCCACGAAAAUGAAACCGGUAAGCAAUUAAUUGUCGGGUAUGAUAAUGAUAACAGACCAUGUUUAUAUUUGAGGAAUGGGUAUCAAAACACAUCUGCAAGCAUGAAACAGGUCCAGCAUUUAGUGUUUAUGUUGGAACGUGUUAUUCAAUAUAUGCCACCGGGACAAGAUGGCUUAGCAUUAUUGAUUGAUUUCCAAGCAGCACCAGCACAUAUGAAUCUUUCUUCCAAGUUCCCUUCGUUGUCUAUUUCCAAACAAGUUUUGCAUAUUUUACAAAAUCACUAUCCGGAAAGAUUAGGUCGUGGAUUAUUCACUAAUAUUCCUUGGAUUGGAUAUACGUUUUUCAAAGUUGUCGGUCCAUUUAUUGAUCCAUACACCAGACUGAAAACCAUCUACGAUCAACCUUUUGAAAACUUUGUUCCUAAGGAACAGUUAUCUAAGGAGUUUAAUGGGAUUUUAGACUUUGAAUAUAUUCAUGAUGUCUAUUGGCCCAAGAUGAAUGAAAUCGGGGACAAGAAGCAUGAGAAUUACAUGAAGAAUUUCAAGAAGUUAGGAUCAAAGAUUGGAUUAAGCGAGUAUGAUUUAAGGAUGGAAGAGUCUAUGGUAUAGCUUUAUUACUUGCAUUUUUGGUAGGAAUUAGGGUUUAUAGGUUUCAAAUAGGAUAUGAAAUUUU